GCGUGUGUGUGAAGAGUAAUAAUGGACUUCUACGGCUUAUCUUCACCAGACAUGCUACCUAUUGACGACCUUCUAGACUUCUCCAACGACGAAAUCUUCUCCUCUUCCUCCACCAUCGUUUCCUCCACUACUUCUUCCGCCGCAUCUUCUUCAGAAAACCCUUUUAACUUCCCCUCACCGGUCUCCACUUCCUUCCACACUUCUCCUCCUCUCACCAAUUUCGCCCAUGAUCUAUGCGUUCCCAGUGACGAUGCAGCUCAUUUGGAAUGGUUAUCACGAUUCGUGGACGACUCUUUCUCCGAUUAUCCAUCGAACCCACUAACCAUGACCGUGAGGCCUGAGAUGUCAUUCACCGGAAAACCAAGAAACCGUCGAUCAAGAGCCCCAGCACCUUCCGUUGCCGGGGCCUGGACACCGACGCCAGAAUCAGAGCUUUGUCACUCCGUCGCAAAACGUAAGCCCAACAAGAAACUCGAAGCGACGGAUGGAGGUGGAGUGAGGAAGUGCACGCACUGCGCGUCAGAGAAAACGCCUCAGUGGAGGACGGGACCGCUCGGGCCUAAAACGCUUUGCAACGCCUGUGGAGUUCGUUUCAAGUCAGGGAGGCUUGUGCCGGAGUAUAGACCUGCGUCGAGUCCGACGUUCGUGUUGACUCAGCAUUCGAACUCUCACCGGAAAGUUAUGGAACUUAGGCGACAGAAGGAACAACUUGAAUCGGCCGUCCAGUUUCCGGCGUUUCAGCCGCAAUGAUUUGCGUUUGCGUUUGGGGUUUUGGAGUUACGAGUUUGGUGAGUGUCGUAAUCGUAACGGCGAUGAUCACGUGACAGAGGUUAUAAAAGCCUCCCAACUACCACAAUUGACGCUGCUUUAUGUGACUUGCGAUUCAAAUUAUAUCAUACAUGUUGCUUCUUCAUACAUGCAUGGAUGCUUAAGAAGUUGAUUACACACUCGCGAGGCCAUUCGUUUUAGUGCUUUCUUAAAGAAACUUAUCAUAGUCAAAUGACACUCAAGUUGAUUUGUUUAGGUUGUAAAAUUAAGCUUCAUGUCUGUCAAGGGACUGUAAGAGACACUCGUGU